UUGGGCAGGCCCCUGGACGGGUGCCCCGUUGCUGUUCUUCCUCCUGGCAGUACGGAGGUGCAACCCCGCCAGAAUCUCACCAGUAGAAAGAGUAAGGCCUACUGUGGCACAAUGCUGAAGAUUUUGUUCCAGUUCUACCCAGGAGCCAUGCAAAUUGUCUCUUUGUUUGCCUGAGCAUAUUUACCUGUAAUGAAUGACCAGAGCUCUGUGCCUAAAACACUGAAUACAUAAAGCCCGUGUGAAUCUCGACUUUCAUUUACUUUUUACUUUCCCCUGCUGGUGCCCAAGACCAUGGCGGAAGGAAUAGCUAAGGAGAAGGUGGAGGAGACAAGUGAGUUAGAAUGGGGCUUGUUACCCCCAGAGGAAUUUUCCCAAGUGAAUGGAAUCAUUCUUCAAAAGAAAACAUGCGAUUUCUGGGAUAAGAUCUGGAACUUCCAAGCCAAGCCUGAUGACCUGCUCAUUGCUUCUUACCCCAAAGCAGGAACCACUUGGACACAGGAAAUUGUAGAUCUGAUACAAAAUGAUGGAGACAUUGAGAAAAGCAGGCGCGCUUCCAUUCAACUUCGACACCCUUUCCUGGAAUGGAUACGAAUGACACACUGUGGGAUUGACCAGGCUAAUGCAAUGCCUUCUCCAAGGACCCUGAAAACCCAUCUUCCUGUACAACUACUGCCUCCAUCCUUCUGGGAGGAAAACUGUAAGAUAAUCUAUGUGGCCAGAAAUCCCAAGGAUAAUCUGGUGUCCUACUACCAUUUUCAAAGGAUGAACAAAGCACUCCCUGACCCGGGAAGCUGGGAUGAGUACUUCGAAACAUUCCUGGCAGGCAACGUGGUAUGGGGGUCCUGGUUCGACCAUGUGAAAGGCUGGUGGAAGAAGAAAGAUAGUCACCCCAUUCUUUAUCUUUUCUAUGAAGAUAUGAUGAAAGAUCCAAAACGUGAAAUUAGAAAGAUAAUGGAAUUCCUUGGGAAGAACCUAAAAGAAGAGAUUUUAGACAAAAUUGUCUAUAAUACUUCAUUUGAUGUAAUGAAAAAGAACCCCAUGACCAACUACAUAAAUGAAAUUAAAAUGAAUCAUAAUCUCUCUCCAUUCUUGAGAAAAGGAGUUGUGGGCGAUUGGAAAAAUCAGUUCACUGAAGCUCAGAACAAGCAAUUUAAUGAAUACCAUGAGAAAAAUAUGGCUGACACUUCACUGUCAUUUUGCAUGGGACUCUAAUAAACAUAGCGAGAGGAUAAAACUUAUUCUCUCCCUAGCCUCUGCAAGGUGAAAAAGAAAUCUCUUUCCAAAUACCACUAAUGGUUUGUCUGACUCAGUGUAAGAGUUUUUAAACAAAGGUAUGAACAUUCUUUAUCCUUGAAUUUCUGAUCUGCUUUUUGGAUUACCCACAAUCCGACUUAUUAUAUAAUUAUUAUGCUUUGUGUUUUUCUCCCUUCUCCACAGAUUUUUAGGGUUUAGGUGAAUUUCAACAUCUCAACAUGUAAUAUAUAUAAAACAUAUUUAAUCAU